UUUUCCACCAUCCUUUCCCAGAGGCUGCUGCAUACUACCUUCUCCCAGGGAGAGAGAGAGAGCGAGAGGGAAGUGUGACUUUCACCUGCUGGUGACAACCAGCCUCUCUCUGCUCUGUUCCUCUCUCAGCCUGCAGCUACCGAAUCUGCUUUCAGCCUCGCGCAGACACAGAGCAAGAUCACAGCACUACUGGAACAGCUGCACUCAGGGCUGCUUUCUCCAACACUCCUGCAUUCUCUCACUCUAACAUACACACACAGGCACGUCCAGAACUCUACCACGCAAGCGCUCCUCACACACUCAGGCAGGCACACCCCCUCUCAUUAUAUGUGCAGUGAGAAGCUCUGCUCUGCUUGUGUGGGUGUGAGCAGUGGGCUGUGUUUCUCUCUGGCAGCAACAGCAGCACUAGCAGCAGGACUGGUCCAGUGGAGGGCAAUCACCUCACUCUCUCCAGACUCCAGGACAGCUCACCACCAGGACUCGGGAAGCCCUCAACAAGCCUUUCUCUCUCUGUUUCUUGUUCUAUCUAUCUCUCCAUUCUCACUCUCUCUCUGCCUCGCCGUGACGCAGUGUUUCUGACCUUCAUUCCCCUAGUGCACUCAGUGUGGACCAGUGGGACAGCCAUGGAGGAUACUCUCACCUGCAGCCCCGCCACCUUUUCCCAGGUGUUCGGACGUCAGGGACAGCUCAUGCAGGCCACGGUCCAGUCUCUGAACAGUCUGAAUGACCAGAUAGCCCACUUCAUGAUGACCAGGCCCAGCACUCUGUCCCGGGAGGACGAGGCCUUCAUGCCUGAAGAGAGAGACACCUUGAAGGAGUCCAUGGCCCUGAUGAGGCACCUACUCUUGGAUGCACAGGGGAAAAUCCUUAAAAUGAUGGAAGACAACAAGCAGCUGGCUCAGAGGAUCGAUGGGGCCAUCCAGUCUGCCAGUCAGGAGGUGACCAACCUGCGCUCAGAGCUGUCGGCCACCAGCCGUAGACUGGCAGAGCUGGGGGCCAGCAGCCCCCCCUCGCCCCUGGUGAACAACCAUCAGCACCACCAGCACAACCACCACGACCAUGACAGCCUCCGCUACCGGGAUCCUGCCGGUAAUUACAGGCAGAAGUCGGUGGUGAGCGAUAUCUGUUACCAGACAGAGAUCUCCAGCCUCAUGGACUUUGGGACUCCAGACUCCUCGUUCGAUAAAGUGUUGCUGCGUGAGGAGGUGGCCCAGCUGCAGGAAGAGGUGCACCUGUUGCGGCAGAUGAAGGACAUGUUGAGUAAGGACCUGGAGGAGACCCAGGGCCAGGGAGGCUGCUCCUCCAACCUCCUCUCUGACACUGAGCUCCGCGUGCAGAUGGGAGACAAGGAGCAGGAGCUGGACCGCGUCAAGGAGGCCUUACAAGCUAUGAAGUCUGACCGAAAGCGUCUGAAGGUGGAGAAGGCAGACCUGGUGAACCAGAUGCAGCAGCUGUACACCACACUGGAGAGCCGGGAGGAGCAGCUCCGAGACUUCAUACGCAACUACGACCAGCACAGAAAGGAGAGUGAGGAUGCGGUGAAGGCCCUGGCUAAGGAGAAGGAUGUGCUGGAGAGGGAGAAAUGGGAUCUGAGGAGGCAGACCAAAGAGGCCACAGAGCAGGCCUGCAUCCUGCGCUCUCACAUGGACAUUAAGGAGAACCGCAUCAAAGAGCUGGAGGCUGAACUCACCAUGGCAAAACAGUCCCUGGCCACGCUGACUAAGGACGUGCCGAAGCGCCAGUCCUUGGCCAUGCCCUCAGAGCCGGUGGUGAACGGCAGUCAGGAGUGGGCGAUGCAGGGAGACCUGCCCCUCACCGCUGCCAUCCGCCAGAGCCAACAAACACUCUACCACGGACACACUGUGGACCGCCAGGCGGUGGUCAGGGUCAGUCCCUGUCACUCCCGCCAGCCCUCUACCAUCUCGGACGCGUCGGCGGCUGACGGGGAUCGGUCGUCCACCCCCAGUGACAUCAACUCCCCCCGCCAUCGGACACACUCCCUCUGCAAUUCUAUGGAGGACCUGGAGGACCAGAAGCGUAAGACUAAGAAGAAGGAGAAGAUGUGUCUGGGCUCCCUCUCCCGGGUGUUUGCUCGGGGAAAGCAGCGCAAGUCAAUGGACCCGGGCCUGUUUGAUGACACUGACAGCCUCUCCAGCCUAUCAACACAACAGCACAGCCUAUCAGAUGGAGAGGAGCAGCUGGACCGCCUCCAGCAGGCAGAGCUCACUCGGAACAUGCCCAUGUCACUGUGGAAGGCAGGGCCAGUACAAGCCUGGCUGGAGGUUGUCAUGGCAAUGCCCAUGUAUAUCCGUGCUUGCACGGAAAACGUCAAAAGUGGCAAGGUGCUGCUGGGGAUGACAGACGAGGACCUGGAGCUGGGACUGGGUAUCAGUAAGCCCAUGCACCGCAGGAAGCUCCGCCUCGCCAUCGAGGACUACAGGGAGGCAGAGGCUGGCCAGGGGCUAUCAAAGGCUGCAGAAAUGGAUCAUCACUGGGUUGCCAAAUCUUGGUUGAGUGACGUCGGGUUGCCACAGUAUUCCCAAGCCUUCCAAAAUCAACUGGUGGAUGGUCGGGUGCUCAACUCCCUCAGCCGACGAGACCUAGAGAGACUCCUGAACGUCACCACAGAGUCCCACCAAAACAGCCUGCUCCUGGCUAUACAGCUCCUGCAACUGAUCAACUUCAACAAAGAGGUGCUGCAGGCUCGCCGGGCCCAGUGUGAGCACCAGCACCAGGACCCUGUAGUUUGGACCUGCCACAGAGUCAUGAAGUGGAUCAGAGACAUAGACCUAAAAGAGUAUGCUGACAGUCUCCAUGGCAGGGGAGUCCAUGGUGCUAUGCUGGCUCUGGACCCCUCCUUUGAUGCAGAUGCCAUGGGCAGGGCCCUGGGAAUCCCCAGCCACAAACACAUGCUCCAUCGGCACCUAUAUGAGGAGAUGAAGGCUCUCGCCAUCCCUGCCAGGAAUAGUCGUGUUGAGCAGGAUUGUGAUACGUCGGGAACCCCACCACAAUCACCUUCUGUUGUUAGCCGCUAUAAUGACGAGAGUGUAUCCAUGAGACGAAGACCAGGCAAGAGUCCUCUAAGGUUCAGCCCAAAGACAGCCAUUGGACGGGGCCUUGGUUACCAUGGCAGCUGUGGAUCUCUGCCCAGAGAGGCGCGGGUGCAGGCUGUGCCCAGGACGAAGGGCAGUCCCAUGCACACCUACAACAGUGUUGAGAUCACCAAUGUCUAAACUAUGCAGCGCCACCAAGGAUUUCAAUGCAGUUCCCAUUUAGCCUGAGGUGGAUACUGGUGGUUGGACUCAGAGUCAACAUAAUACCUGCUUGUUGACAGUCUAACUUUUCAUCUUAUUUUUGGGAAUUAAAAUCUUUUUCAACUUUAGAGACAUUUUCUUUCUUUUGUUGUACAGUAAAUGUCAAUAGAUAAGUGGACGUAAUGCCUUAUGUUUGAAUCGGGAAAACUAUGAAAAUGUGGUAACAUUCAAAAUUCCACAUUGCAACACUGGUGCCAUGUUUCCUUUCUAAGAAUGAACAUCACAACAUUUCUUUAUCAAGGCAUCUGGUGUAACAUCUAUCAAGGAACAUUAUGCUAAUAAUGUGUUUCCGCAUAUCAAACAAAAGAAUGUUGACAUCUAAAGGAAAAAGUCACUUCUGGGCAAUAAAACAAACCAUCCCAAGUCCAUGGAGGCUGAAAGUGGUCUGUUCCUGAUGUUGAUGAAAAUGUAGCCAUGCGAGGAGGACACAUGGAAGGAAGACGCCUGAUGUCCUGGUUCUUUGAUGUCUAUGCCCUGUUUCCUGUAUCUCACUGUCUGGCCUGCCUCCCCCUGCAGGGGUCUGAUGUUGGCAUGUAUAGGUUUCCUGUAUGUCACUGUUUGGCCUGCCUCCCCCUGCAGGGGUCUGAUGUUGGCAUGUAUAGGUUUGCUGUAUCUCACUGUCUGGCCUGCCUCCCCCUGCAGGGGUCUGAUGUUGGCAUGUAUAGGUUUCCUGUAUCUCACUGUCUGGCCUGCCUCCCCCUGCAGGGGUCUGAUGUUGGCAUGUAUAGGUUUCCUGUAUCUCACUGUCUGGCCUGCCUCCCCCUGCAGGGGUCUGAUGUUGGCAUGUAUAGGUUUCCUGUAUCUCACUGUCUGGCCUGCCUCCCCCUGCAGGGGUCUGAUGUUGGCAUGUAUAGGUUUCCUGUAUCUCACUGUCUGGCCUGCCUCCCCCUGCAGGGGUCUGAUGUUGGCAUGUAUAGGUUUCCUGUAUGUCACUGUCUGGCCUGCCUCCCCCUGCAGGGGUCUGAUGUUGGCAUGUAUAGGUUUCCUGUAUCUCACUGUCUGGCCUGUCUCCCCCUGCAGGGGUUUGAUGUUUGCAUGUAUAGGUUUCCUGUAUCUCACUGUCUGGCCUGCCUCCCCCUGCAGGGGUCUGAUGUUGGCAUGUAUAGGUUUCCUGUAUCUCACUGUCUGGCCUGUCUCCCCCUGCAGGGGUCUGAUGUUGGCAUGUAUAGGUUUCCUGUAUCUCACUGUCUGGCCUGCCUCCCCCUGCAGGGGUCUGAUGUUGGCAUGUAUAGGUUUCCUGUAUCUCACUGUCUGGCCUGCCUCCCCCUGCAGGGGUCUGAUGUUGGCAUGUAUAGGUUUCCUGUAUCUCACUGUCUGGCCUGCCUCCCCCUGCAGGGGUCUGAUGUUGGCAUGUAUAGGUUUCCUGUAUCUCACUGUCUGGCCUGCCUCCCCCUGCAGGGGUCUGGUGUUGGCAUGCCUGGGUUUCCUGGCUCAAAAGUUGCAGAUGACUACUACUUGGAACUUGGAACCUGUUCUUCGGAACCCGCCAUUCACUGGGUUCUGUGUAAGGUUAUCAUUACAUUCUAUAUUGUGAGAGACAACAGCCGUGAAGAGAAUUAGGUGUGCUAAGAGGUACAGAUAAAAACCUAAUCAAAUGUUAUUUGUCACAUGCUUGGUAAACAACAGGUGUAGACUAACAGUGAAAUGCUGACUUACAGGUCAGUUUCCAACAAUGCAGAGUUAAAGAUAAAAAAUGUUAUAAAAAUACAGACUAUAGUUUGAUAUGUUUGUCAUAAAUAUUCUUAACUUUACUGAAAGCAAUAAAAGCACUUCACUUCCA